CUCAGAUGGGCGCCCUUGGAGUGACUCUUUCCUCACCGCGUGGUUACUGUGUACCCGUCGCUGCGAGGAGUUCUUGCUGGUAUUUCUCUCGUUUGUGGGACUUAAACGUUUAGUACCACCAGGUUUGAGUACCGUUUUAAGUAUCGUGCAGCUGCAAGCUAGGCCACGGAAUCUGCGCUCUAGAGCCUUCGCUGCUGCUCCCUGGCUUGUGCAUCCUCCAAACAAAUAAGAGGAAAUUGUCAAAUGCGGGGCCUCUCCCUGGCGGGAUCCAGCGGAGAAAGAGCUAGAGAGAGCAAGUGGGAUGGCACUUGCUUGAGUGGAACAUGUAUUAACCCGAACUGGUGGUGGUUUUAGAUCUAGCCAGCUGGCAGCCAUGAAUGAAUGGAUGAGGAAAGGCCCCUUAGAAUGGCAAGAUUACACGUACAAAGAAGUCAGAGUGACAGCCAGUGAGAAGGAGUAUAAAGGAUGGGUUUUAACCACAGACCCAGUUUCUGCCAAUAUUGUCCUUGUGAACUUCCUGGAAGAUGGCAGCAUGUCUGUGACUGGAAUUAUGGGCCAUGCUGUGCAGACCGUUGAAACUGUGAACGAAGGGGACCAUAGAGUGAGAGAGAAGCUGAUGAAUUUGUUCAUGUCUGGAGACUGCAAGGCCUACAACCCCGAGGAUCUGGAGAAGAGAAAGAACAGCCUAAAGAAAUGGCUCGAGAAGAACCACAUCCCCAUCACAGAACAGGGAGAUUCACGAAGGACUCUGUGUGUGGCUGGGGUUCUGACUAUAGACCCACCAUAUGGUCCAGAAAAUUGCAGCAGUUCUAAUGAGAUUAUUCUCUCCCGUGUUCAGGAUCUUAUUCAAGGACAUCUUGCAGCUUGCCAGUGAGAGGCCAAGAACUAUGGAUGCAUCGAUUGAAAUAACACUUCAUUUUUAUUUUUUCCUUCAUAAAAUGUUUUGAAUGUUAAAUCCAUCAUAUUACAAGACUUCAAAGGCG